AUGCUGCAGACCAACAACUACUCCCUGGUGCUGCUGAUCCAGCUGAGCCUGUUGACCUUUGACCUGUUCGUCAACUCCUUCAGCGAGCUGCUGAGGGCAGCGCCCGUCGUCCAGCUGGUGCUCUUCAUUAUCCAGGACAUAGCCAUCCUGUUUAACCUGAUCAUCAUUCUGCUGAUGCUGUUCAACACCUACGUGUUCCAGGUGGGCCUGGUGUCCUUGCUGCUGGAGCGCUUCAGGGCCCUGCUGCUGUUCUCUGCCCUCUACCUGACACUCAGCAUCUCCCUACACUCAUGGAUCAUGAAUCUACGCUGGCUAAAAUCAAACCGCUAUGUGUGGACUGAUGGUCUCCAAGUGCUUUUUGUCUUCCAAAGAAUAGCGUCCGUGUUGUACUACUACUUCUACAAGCGCACCACAGAGUACCUGGGUGACCCUCGGCUCUAUGAAGACUCGCCUUGGCUCAGAGACGCCUUUGCCAAUGCCAGGGCCCGCCAGUGA